AUGAAUCCUAAGCGUAGGAGGAGUCAUAGCCCAGUUGAAUACAAGGAAGGUCGUGACAAAGAUUAUGAGACUUCUGGAAGGAAGGAUAACUCAAGAGAUCUAGAUGACACAUGUGAUGCUAGAAGAGGUCAUGAAUCGGGUAGGCACUCUGAUAAGCAUUCCUAUGGAACAUCACGUGAAUCCAAGAGGCAUGAUGACUAUAGGAGGUACCAUGAUAAGUACGGUGAUGAUUAUGGUAGAAGCCAUCCAAGAGCCUCUCGGUCAGACCGGGAAUCAAGGGUUGAUACUUAUUAUGAUCGCUCAAAACAUGAUGGCACAUCUGGUAGAUCACGUGGUGACCAGCGAGAUGUUGGCAGAUAUGGAGAAAAAUCUGUCAAUCGAGAUCAGAGGAGUAUAAAUGAAGGAAAGCAGGAGUCCCCUCGUGGCUAUCAAAAGAAUGAUGGUGGAGAAUACAAUAAAUAUACAGAUGCAAGAAAGCAAGAGUACAGAGGUUAUGGAGAUGAUAGAGAUCAUCACAGGGUUAUUCGUAAGAACAAGGAAACCAUCAAAGAGGACGAGGUCCUGAAGAGGAGAAAUGGAAAGGAAAUUGAGAAAGAAGCUUUGGUGGAAACUAGGGAGAAGAAAAGUUUAUUCAGCUCUACUGGGCCAAAUGUUGAUAAUCCAGGGGAUGCCAAACCAUCCUCAGCCACAAAUGAAGCCUUGGAUAACUCUGCAGGAACCAUAGAUGGUGUGAAUGCAGCUAAAGUUGCAGCUAUGAAAGCUGCUGAAUUAGUGAAUAGGAACAUUGCAGCAUUUGGUCCUGGAACUGGGCGCCUAUCCACUGAUCAGAAGAAAAAGCUUCUUUGGGGUAACAAAAAGAGUAAUCCUUCGGAGGAGACAAGUAAACGUUGGGAGUUGUUUUCUGAUCACGAGCGCCAAGAGAAAUUUAACAAACUCAUGGGUGUGAAGAGCAGUGCCCCAGUUCAGGAAAACAUGGUCGAGAACAAGGCCGGGAGCUCGGCGGAAGAAGCCAAGAAGCUGGAGGAGCUCGACACCAACCUGGAGAAGCAUUACAUAGCAGGCCUCCGCAGGAGAGAUGGCAGGACAGUCGGCCUUGGCCUCUAG